CACAACAAGACAGCAAACACCUUCAUCGCCGUCAUUCUGCGAGCCUUGAACAGCAUGGCUGCUCGGCCGUUCUUUGCCAAGUCUGCCUUUUCGCGAUCCAUCAUGCUGAAAGGCCUUCUCCUCCUCCUCCUCAACUUGCUUCCGCCAGUGCUGGGCAAUUGUUCUGUUGAGACUGUCACCGAGACAACUUGGGUCACUGUCUCGGGGCCCACGGUCGAUAUGCCGCCAACUCCGUCAUCUCAGCCGGUCGCCAGCCCGGAGCCUGCGCAUACAUCUUCAAGCGUCGGAAUAUCCGGGGGCCCCGCCCAGACUACCAAUAUCGACAAGCCUUCGUCCUCGGGCAACGGCGGGAUGCCAAGCGCAACGUAUAAUCCUCUUCCAAAACCAGCAGCAGCCAUUCACGAGGCACCACCCAACUUCAACCGCCUGAUUCCAUUGCCCAAUACAGGCUCCAUUCGUAACUCUUGUGGCUAUGACGUCUAUGUCUGGUCGGUAGGAUGUACAAACUCUGCUACCAACGUCAAGAUUAAUGCUGGAUCGACUUGGACCGAGCCACUCCGUCGCUGCAACAACGGCGGCGUCGUCUACAAGGUUUCCAAGAAAGAAGGCGAUGACCGUGCCGUCAUGCAGUUUGAGGCUGGCCUCUAUCCAGACCAAGACAUGGUUCAGUAUGACCUGAGUUAUCUCAACUGCAUGGUCCCGCAAACGACAGAUCUCAGUGCUUGUGCUGGUUGGGAAGGCGGUCAUCAAGCUGUCUCAGGCAAGGGCUGCCAGGUCUUUGUCUGCAAUCCCGGCGAAUAUUGUGACGGCAGCAGCUAUACCGUCGCUGAGUUUGGCAAUCAGUUUGGCGGCCUCGUGCACCCGAAUGCUGGAUGUGCUUCAACCUACGGUGUUGCAUUCGAACUUUGCGCUUGUUCCAAGGCUUAA